UGCUCUCAUCCGAGACCUCAGCGCAGACUGUCGGAUCUGUGAAUUCACCAACGGCGGCUCCGUGAAGCCUUGAGCUCGUGUCCAAAUGCAGGCGAUCAAGUGUGUGGUGGUGGGCGACGGGGCUGUGGGUAAAACCUGUCUGCUGAUUAGCUACACCACCAAUGCCUUCCCUGGUGAAUACAUCCCCACUGUCUUUGACAACUAUUCCGCCAAUGUGAUGGUGGAUGGGAAACCAGUGAAUCUGGGCCUUUGGGAUACAGCAGGACAGGAGGACUAUGAUAGGCUGAGACCAUUGUCUUACCCACAGACGGAUGUGUUCUUGAUAUGCUUCUCCCUGGUCAGUCCGGCCUCCUUUGAGAACGUCCGAGCUAAGUGGUACCCUGAGGUGAGACACCAUUGCCCCAACACACCAAUUAUCCUGGUUGGCACCAAGCUGGAUCUGCGAGAUGACAAGGACACCAUCGAAAGGCUGCGAGACAAGAAGCUGUCCCCCAUCACCUACCCACAGGGCCUGGCCAUGGCGAGAGAGAUCGGGGCUGUGAAGUAUCUGGAGUGCUCCGCACUGACCCAGCGAGGCCUGAAGACAGUAUUUGACGAGGCCAUCCGAGCUGUGCUCUGCCCUCCACCUGUGAAGAAGAGGGGAAAGAGAUGCACCAUGUUCUGAGGAGGAAACACUGCUUACACUACACUACAUCACCAUGAACAACAAACACUACUUCUCUGAGAGGAUGAGAGAGAAAACUUGCGAGAGUGAGUGUGCACUGCUGAGACUGCUUUCUUUAUAUUGAUGUUUUUUCAAAACCAUAUUGGUAACAAAACCAAUAUUUAUUCCAAUUUUUUUACCAUUACUAAAUAGGGUUGUAGGUUCUCUGUGAAAGACAUUGACUGUCCAACUACUUUGUACUCAUUGAACCACAUCAUGUUGCCAUGAGGGCUGACAAAGGUUUCUGGAACUUGUUUUCAUACUGCAACAUCUCUUCUUUCUCAGCCAUGCUUGCUUGAAUUAAUGCAGUGUUGACUAGAUAGAACGUGAACUGUGAAUAAGUCAUCAGGUCUGAAGUUACCCUCAGCCUCUGUUCUAAGAUCAGCAGGUUCAAGCCAAAUACGACUGCAUGCAUUUACAACGUAUUGUACAGCAUUGUAGUUUCUUCCAUCAUUUCUGUCAGGUAUGACCUCAUUGUGCUCACCGAGGUAAACACUGAGAUCUGUGGUCGUUGUGUCACAACAAAGUUAGGUGAGUUUAGAAACACCAGCAGCCAGAUGAUCCGUGUGGCAGUUUUUAACCACUGGAUGAUGAUUUGGAUUUAAACUACUCAAAACCAAACUGAGAUGUUGAACAAAGGGUGCUAAAUAGAUAACCACGGCUCACUUUUUAGUAGUUUUAAGGUUUGCUGCAUAUUGCAAUAAUUUGUGUUUACUCAGUGCAUUGUCACAUAGAAAAAUGUUGUGCUGUUGCUUUGACAUAUUGGACCUUUAGACCUAGUCAAAGAAACAGGGCUUAUCUGGAACCCAGCAGCUCCGUUUUGUCUUAAUCUGGCAAGUUGCACUUGCCAUGAGCAUCUGUAAGGGUUUUGAUGGGGUUUUUAGUCCUGUCGGACCUUACUUAAGUAAGUACAAUGCUGUUCAUACCUGCAGGAUUAAUGGACAGAACUGACUACUUUCCUCCAAAAGGAUCAUGAAGAAGAGACAUGGCUUAGCAUUUAAACUGCAGCUAAAAGUAAGAGCAGCCAUGUUUUCUCUGCUAACCUUUGCAUUUAAAGCCAUGCAAAAAUUUGUUAUUCUAAGUUUACCUUAUGUUUGAAAGCAAAGUCUCAUUCUUGACUUUAAAGCAGCAGUUUGUUGUGAGAAAAAAAUCAAGCUUAAUUUGUGAACAAUAGUUUCACAAAAUAAUCUCAACUUAGAGUCCACUUACAAUCUUCACAAGCUGUCAACCACAGCUAGCGGUUUUCAUUAACAGAAACAGUUAUAGGAUGAAGAUUUCUUAGGAUCAUUUGCUGGGUGGCUAAAGAACACAAUGGGUUGUGGUUGAAGGUUUAUUAGGAAGCUUGUGAGAGCACCUGUGGGUGUUCUACUCCAAGCGUCACUUUUAGCGAGGUGUAGAUGGUGUAUCCAAACUUUCCUUUCCUUUUAGGAUGAAAACAAAUCUGUUCUUUGAACACACUUGUCUUCUUAUUUUAGGCAAGCACCUGAUCUUAGUCAAGUGUCUUUGGGUAGCUUUCUCUAACUGUGAACAUGUGACAGAUGAGCAUGCCAAACAUGGGGGCUGUAGAACCUUGCUGCCUGAGUUCUGCCUCUGAGGGUAGAGGAGCUUGCAUGGGUCUUAAAAUAUUCUGUCUUAAUUUAUCCCAUUGUUUAGAUUUUGUCUCUGUUCCUCUGUGUGUGAGUGUGUGUGUGAGUGUAUAUGUGUGCGUGUGCACAAGUGUGUGUGUGUGUCACAGGCGUGUAUAUAAAUGCUGGUAUUUGUGUGUGUGGACGGGCACGUGUCAGUAUCAGUGAGACUCAAGCUCGUGUUGGUAUCAGUGAGACAGCGUUGUUCAACAUAAAAGACAGUAUUGUUUUAAGCCAAGUUUUUUAGUGUCCAGUUUUUGGUACUAUUUCAUAUUGUAUUGUAGUAAUACACAAGAUUUUUCAACAAUCUGUGGACAUAAACAAAGAAAAAAUGGAUAUAAGUGACAUCUAGUGAUUUACAGAAUAAUCCUUAGAAAAGAAAUGCGUAAUGAAUAUCUAUCUACAUGUACCUGAAUAUUUAGCUCUUAAAACUAAAACAAUACAAACUAAAGGGAUUAUAGUCGCUCAUGUUGAAGUUAGAAGUGUUGCUAACAGUGUACAAUAAAGGGGCCAAUCUUUGCAGAGUUUGUUAUUGUGGCAAACAGUGUGGGUUGCACCUUUAUGAUAUGCAUUUCUGUAUGGUUGCAGGCCUGCAGUGUGUCUGUCUCCCCCGUGUGGUGAGACGCAGCACUGCAGAGCCCUCUGUCAUGCUGUCUUUGGUUGGCAUAGCUGUGUGGUUGAGUCAUGUUGUGUGGUCCUGCCUAACUAAGGUGUCGAAAUGUAGCUGAGAAACGCAGCAAAAAAUUCUAAUACUAAUAUUGCAUGGAAGUUCUCUGGUUAUUUGACCCACUGUAAUUCUUAGGAGAGGUUGUACGAUGAAAUGCAUUGACCAUGUAUGUAUGUAAUGUAAGAUGACUUGUAUACUUGUUCCAACUGUCUUAUUUUUUAUUACUUCACAUGUCUGUGUGGUGAAAUAUUUCAAUUUUUUGUAUACUAAAUACAAAUGUAUAUGUAAGGUA